AUGUCAUCAAACAAGACAGCACUGAUAACUGGCUGCACUGAAGGGGGUAUUGGAGCUGCACUGGCUCUCGCAUUCCUAGAACGCGGCUUUCAUGUGUUCGCUACCGCGCGCAAUCCCAUCAAAGCCGAAUCAAUGAAGAGAGACAACCUUGAGAUUCUGCCUCUGGAUGUCACAUCCCCCGAUUCGAUCGCAGAUUGUGUGAAAUCUGUCCGAUCCAUAACAGGGGGCCGGCUGGAUGUGCUGGUGAACAAUGCCGGAGUAAUGCUGGUUGCCCCCAUGUUGGAUGUGUCCAUUCCAGAGGCGAAGGAAGUAUACGACGUAAAUGUGUGGGGGACAUUAGCAGUCACGCAGGGAUUUGUUCCGUUGCUGGUAGAAACAUCGGGUAUGGUAGUGAAUAUCACUUCGAUCGCUGCAACAUUGUAUGUGGCCUGGCAAGGUACAUACCAUAGCUCAAAGGCAGCCCAGCUGUCGAUGUCGGAGGUCCUGCGCAUUGAAUUGGAGCCGCUCGGGGUGCGAGUUCAUUCUGUCCUGCUGGGUGAAGUCGAGUCGAAUAUUUAUAGCAAUGGCCCGGCUCUGGAGAUCCCAGCCAGCUCCUAUUACCAGCAAGUGAGGGAAUCUAUCUUUGAUGGUGCUGCUGGCAAAUUUAUCAUCAAAACGGAGUCAGCGGAGGUGUGCGCGAGGCAUGUCGUCUCGGAUGUACUGAAUGGACAGUCAGGGCAGAUAUGGAGGGGAGGGUUAGCUGGAAUAGUCAAGUGGGCGAACAGGCUCCUCCCGGGUUGGCUCUUUGAGAGGUAUUUGAACGCCCACCGUGGGAUAUAUAGCUUUCAUCCGCAUCGCAAAGCCUUAUAGUCUGACAACCCUCGAUGGGAUCAUUGUUUGGUAUGCGGGCGAUUCCUUCCAUCUGUUGUUUCCAGCAUGAUGGCCCGAUGAGCUCGAUGUCUAUGUCGAUCAGUUUUCGUAUGGUCCACGUUGAAUGAAAUGCUUGCUUUCCUUCUCCAUGCGUGAGCCGUUUACGAACUUUUUUGAAGCAGGAAUAUAAUAGUUGAACGGUAAUCUGCAGUCGAUAAAAUGGCGUUGAGAUCGACAACCGUACUAUAUGCAUCUGGGCCAAGAUAUAUCUUGAAGACUAAUCAAUCAGGUAAACUUUGUAAGCUAUGUUAUAGAUCUGAUAGUGAGUUCGUGCUUUCCCAACCGUAGGCGAAAAUGCCGACCGGUGCAGAUGCAAGUGACCUUAAAAC